AUAUAUAUAUAUAUAUGUUCUAUACAUCGAUCAAUUCGUUAUAUGACUUUGGAAAAAAUCUUUUCAAUUGCAACUGAAAGGAGAAUGAUAUCCUUGCUGGGCAGUUUUUUCGCAAUCAUGCUAAUAAAUGGAGAAUUGACUGAACCUUCUGUUAACACGUCAUCGUUACCUUUAACAACGAUUUUUAUAAAUACGGAAAAAAUGAGCGAGGAACAAACGACAAUGCCUUCUAUUCAUGAAGUAGCUUUUAGAGGCCCUUCAGAAGACAUGCCUUUAGGGGCUAUCAUAGUUGCACCUCAAAUAGAAUGUAAUGUAGGAUAUAAACGAGAUGGGAAUGGCAUUUGUAGACCCGUCACAUUUUGACGACCAAUCGAAAAAUUUCUUUCUCUUUUAUUCUAACGUAAUUCUCUUUAUAUACACGCAUAUGUAUAUUAUUAAUAUAUUUAAUAUUAUUUUAUAUCAUUAAUAUUAGAAUUUAUAAUGUUUUUCAUUCGUGUAAUAAAAAGAAAAUAUAUAAUAAAUUUUGAUAAUUAAUAGUUUAAUAUAUAUGUAUAUAUAUAUAUAUAUUUUUUUUUUUUUUUAAUAUACGUUAUAUUUCAUUCACAAUAUACGCGUU